AUGCCCUCUUUCACUAAAAAUGCCGAACUUUUAAGGACGAGACCCAAGAGACUGAGUCGAGGACCCCACCCUGUCGUUCGCGUGCAUUCUCGGAUAAACACUGGUGAGCUACAGCUGGGAAACCAGCCACAAAACCCCGUUCGCUGCCUCUUUGAACUUGGACAUCUUAAAAUUCUCCUCACUUCAAAACCAAGGAGGUGUGAGUUCAAAUUAGCCUCCGCACGCGUGAAGUCACCCAGACUUCGUUAUUUAUCUUGUAAACAAGGAGUGUAG